CCCAAUUGAUUCAACAUUACUACUGCCAGACUUUCAAGUCAAACAAUAAAAGAAAAACAAGCCAAAAAAAGCAGCGGAAGAUGACUUCCAAGACUUUUUUCUUCCUCUUUUCUAUUUUAGUACUUGUGUUUGCUUCACAGGCUCAAGAUAGAGCUCCUCAUGGCCUAGCUUAUGAAAAUCCAGUUGCAUUUUCACCAUCAGCAGUUGAAUUUUUCCAUCCAAAAACACAACCUAACACAAAAAACCCAUGUACUGAAUCAUCAUCAUCUGCUUGCUCACCAUUGCCUCUAGCAGCUCAAGUUGAAGCAAGUGACGCAUCAACAACAGCUAAGAGUGAUGGAAAUAGUCGGCUUGGUGCUGGAGGCAUUGCCGGAAUUGUUGUCGGUUUGGCAUUUGCAGUGCUUCUGGCAAUGGUAGGAUUCUACAUAUUUGUUGCUCGUCGAAAUAACAUGAAGAACAGAGACAGCUCUGUUAUAUCUGAUGUUUGAUAAUUUUCUUCUUUCUUCUUGUCUCCUGCAUUAUAAUUUUUUCUAUGGAAUGAAUGUAUCUACGGUUUCAUUAGUGAUAACUUUCUUUCACAUUCUAAAAAAA